AUGUUGUGCUACAAAACAAUCCCUCUAGGUUUCCUAGUCUUCUGUUUUUUCAUCCAUUCAUCCUUUGGGGCUUCCUCACUCAACCAUUUCUGUUUCAGCCAUGAAAACUACACUGCCGAUAGCCCAUAUGAUGCGCACUUGACUCGGUUAUUCACCCUUCUACAGACCAAAGUUCCUCCUACCGGAUUUGGCCUUGCUUCGACCGGUCAAGGCCUAAAGAAAGCAAAUGGCCUAGCACUUUGCCGAGGCGAUGUCUCGAGUGAAGAUUGCACUACUUGUGUGGUUGAUGCAAGCAAAGAUAUUAGAGAGUUCUGCCCGAACAGCAAAGGAGCCAUAAUAUGGUACGACCACUGCCUCUUAAAGUAUUCAAAUGUGGACUUCUUUGGGAAAAUUGAUAACAAAAACAAGUUCUACAUGUGGAACGUUCAAGAAGUACAGAAUCCCACAUUAUUCAAUAAGAGCGUUAAGGACUUGUUGAGUGGAUUAGCUGUUGAGGCUUCUGAGGCUGCUGCUGCUCCGAAGUUUUAUGCAACCGGUGAGCUGCAACUUGAUACAUUCACAACACUAUAUGGUCUGGCUACAUGCACUAGGGACCUCUCGGCCGCAGAUUGUAAGAAGUGUCUUGAUGGUGCAGUAAGUGAAUUGCCAAACUGCUGCAGUGCAAAGCGAGGUGGGCGUGUUGUAGGUGGGAGUUGCAAUGUCGGAUUUGAACUUUACCCCAUUGUUGGGACAUAG